UGCGGGUUUCCCAGCAGGACACCCGAUUUCUCUGCUGCCGCUUCCUCUCCACCCGAAGGAAGGGAUUGUCCACCUGCCACACCGCCCCCCCCACCUCCUCCUCCUCCACCACACGGGCACCCCCUGACCUCAAACAGGCUCUCCUUUCCACCCGCCCCAGCCUUUAACAGUGCCGUCAGCGGCGGUGACGUGCCCCCUCCCCUGCCCCCCAAGUCUCCCCACUUGCUGUCCCAGUUCCAUAAGCCAAGCAGUAUUCAGUCACUGCCGCUUCCUCCCACCCCUGGCCUUCCUCAGACCACAGCGGUGGUGGAGACCAGGAAGAAGAGACCAGGCCGAGGCGCAGGAACCGGUGCUGGGAAGCUAGUCGUACCUCCACAGCCACCAGCAAGAUCACCAACAACUGAACUUACGAGCAAGUCUGGAGUCUCAGCCUGGGCUGCAGCUCAUGACCCGUACCCACCACUUAAAAAUGGAAAUAUGCACAUCAUUGAUGACUUUGAAUCUAAAUUUACUUUCCAUUCUGUGGAAGAUUUCCCCCCACCUGAUGAAUUCAAGCCAUUUCAGAAAAUAUAUCCCAGCAAGAUAGCUAGAGAUCCCUCCAAAAAUCCUCCAUUAAGAACACAUGUGAGAUGA